UGAACUUUUCAAGAUGCGCAAAACGUAAAGUAGCUCCUUUAAGCUUAUUAGCUCCUGCGCCAUUUUUGUAAUCCUCAAGUUUUUUACUUUUUUGCAGAGGCCUCUGUUUUUUUUUCUGGGUUUGUAAUAAAUUGUGGUGGAGGACUGAAAUAUCUUGAGAUGACUGGGGGUCAGAAAGUUCAAAAGGGGAAGGAAAAAAUGUUUCUUGGUAUUGUUUAAUUUCCCCAUAUGCACGUCCAUGUGAAUAAAAAUAAUAAACUUUUUACAACCACAUUAUAAUUCUAGAAAUACCAAAAGAAGACCGACAUAACUCCCACAAACCUUUCAUCAUCGAGAGUCCACAAAAUUCAAAUUCAAGAAAAAAAAAUUCAAAUUUCAAUUUGGUCCGACUUGGAGUUCAUUCACAGAGUCGCGAAACGUAUAAAGACGGGUGCCACAAAGACGUGAAACGAGCGCAAAAAUUUAGAGGGGCACUGGGGAUAGUUUCGCUAAAUCGCGCGUGGCGCAAAUAUACUCUGUAUCUCGAGAGAAAGUUGUUUCUUUACAGCGGGAAAAUAAACAUUGCGAAUCCAUUAUACGUUUCAAGGCUACGCUGUAAAAGGGUUGAAACAGAAUCACCUACUCGUAAAAUAGCUCGACUCAGUCUCUUGAAGGAAUAUACCAUUUCAAUUUAUGACGUAAUAUCAUUAGUCAAUUACAUAUUUUGUCCAAAUCACUUACAUUCGGGUGGAUCUGUAAAGUGGAUUAUUCAGAUGUUCCCUUCAAGCUAAGUUCGCCAUGCCUGCUAUUUUCUCAGUAUUUCAAAACGACAAAAAUGUCAUUUACGGUGCCGCAGCUGUGGCCGCCAUCGCCUUCGGAAUCGGCGUUUAUAAAUUAUCUGGGUUUUCCUGCGCGCGCUCGGAAGAAUCUAAACCAAGUUUCGUUCCGAUAGCGGACUAUCCAGACAUGCGACAGUACAACAACUUGAUGGCGAAGCACUUGCCUCCUCGGCUAUACGCUAAACUGCGAAAUAGAAAAACAGCGAGCGGUUUUACACUGGACAAGGCGAUUCAGACCGGAGUCGACAACCCGGGACAUCCAUUUAUCCUCACUGUGGGAGCAGUCGCUGGUGAUGAAGAGACAUAUGAAACAUUUGCAGAAUUGUUCGAUCCGAUUAUCGAAGAGCGCCAUAAUGGCUUCAAGAAAACGGACUUGCACAAGACUGACCUGGAUUCGUCCAAAAUUCGCGGCGGAAAGUUUGAUGCGAAUUAUGUCCUGUCUUCCCGCGUGCGAACUGGAAGAUCCAUCAAGCGUUUUAGUUUACCGCCGCAUUGCUCAAGAGCGGAGAGAAGAAAAAUUGAAAAAAUUGUUACCAGGGCACUUGCGGGACUGAAAGGUGACCUGUCUGGUCGCUACUAUCCACUGAGCGAGAUGACAGCGGAAGAGCAACAGCAGCUGAUCGACGAUCACUUCCUGUUUGACAAACCAGUCUCCCCGCUUCUCACGUGCGCCGGCAUGGCACGUGACUGGCCUGACGCGCGAGGAAUCUGGCAUAACCACGACAGAAACUUCCUCGUGUGGAUCAACGAGGAGGACCACACGCGCAUCAUUUCCAUGGAGAAGGGCGGAGACAUGAAGGCAGUGUUUGAUCGCUUCUGUCGCGGCCUCUACGACGUGGAGAGACUUAUUCAACGUCAAGGGCACGAGUUUAUGUGGAAUCAGCACUUGGGAUAUAUUCUCACUUGUCCUUCUAAUCUUGGAACAGGCCUUAGGGCUGGAGUGCACGUUAAGCUACCUAACCUGGCCAAGGAUCCGCGAUUUGACGAGAUUCUAGGAAAGUUGCGGUUACAGAAACGCGGAACGGGAGGUGUAGACACAGCCGCGGAAGGAAAUGUGUUUGAUAUCUCCAAUCUAGACAGACUGGGUUUCUCCGAAGUGGAACUUGUCCAGAAAGUGAUUGACGGUGUCAAUCUUCUCAUAGCGAUGGAAAAGAGACUGGACAGUAAUCGACCAAUAAAUGACCUAGUCCCGCCAUACAAAUAAAACGCUUGCCUAUUGACUCC